CUUUAAUUUUCGUUUUAUUAUUAUUAUGAAACCCAUAACUGAUAUAUGAAAUAUAAAUCUGGAAUACAUCACAAUCAAGAUUGAAUCCUACAAUGGCCACAUAUGGUGCUGAAAGUUUUGCCCAGCACUAUAUUGAGUGCGAAAACUGUGAGGAAAGUCCUGCACAAUAUCUUUGUAAAACUUGCGCAGGUCAUCUGUGUGAGACUUGUAAGACGGAACACAUGAAACGGAAAAUUACAAAAAAUCAUGAUAUUAUUCACCUGAUCUCAGAUAAAGGCGAAGGAAUGGAACUUCUCUAUUGUUCAGAACACACAACCAAAAAACUCGAUUGUUUUUGCUGUCCGUGCGAGAAGCCCGUUUGUGUUAAAUGUUUGAUGGAAACCCACAAUGGUCAUAAAGUAGACAACCUGGCCACUGUGUACAAAAAAAUCAAACAGGGGCUUGAAAAAGAGAAGGAAGAAAUCGAAACAUCACUUCUGCCAAAAUACAGAGAAUUGUUAUCAGAGGAAAAGGAUAAGCAAUCCGAGAUAUCAAAGAAAACUAAUGAGGUACAGAAGGAAAUAGAAGAUCAUGCAGAAAAAAUAAUUAACAAAAUUAUAAUGAUUAAAGAAAAAAAAAUAAAGGAUCUCCGAAAAGAUGAAAAAAUGGUUUUGGAUUUAGCUGAAGAUGCAAAACAAGAGCUCGAAAAUAGAAUUGGACAACUGGAGAAAAUUUUAACUCAAAUAGAUAAUAAUAUUGGAGCAAAUCCUGGAAUAACUUUUUUUCGGGCUAUAGAUGAGAGCCAAGUGAAUGAAAUCAGAAAAUUUCCAAGAAAGCGUAUAUAUAAACUUGACAAAUUUCAUGCUGGAAACAUCGAUAGAAUAGCUAAAGAGGAAUACUUUGGAAAUUUGCCGAAUUUUCAAGUUGAAAGAGAACGUUCGAAUAGGCAGAGAAAAAGAACCCAUGUUCGUAGAACGCUAUUGAAUUUCGAGAAAGAUCGUGUAUCGGAAGGGUCUAUUCAUAGUGAUGAAGAAGAUAUCCAAUGGCAACAAAAAUGCGCUGACGCAUUUUAUCGUAUGUCUCAAAACACUAUACUUACUGACGAAGAAGAAAUCCCAUGGCCACACGAAGGUGAUGACGAAUUUGAUCGUGAAUCGCAAAGGUCUAUACAUACUGAUGAAGAAGAAAUCACACGGCCAUAUGAUAUUGAUGAUGACUCAUAA